CCAAACACAACGAGAAAGAGAUUCAUCUUUCAAUUCUUUUUAAACGAAACUUUGUGUGUUGGGCAAAAGAAGAGAGAGAGAUAUGGAGACAGAAUCAAAGUUCAAGAGAAUAUUAGCCCUGGUAACAAAACCAGUUACAGAGAUGCUGCUAUCGAACUCGGAGCCGAACUGGUAUCGAGAAAUAUCGAUCUUGUCUAUGGUGGAGGGAGCAUAGGUUUAAUGGGUUUGAUUUCUCAAGCUGUUUACGAUGGAGGUCGCCAUGUCAUCGGGGUUAUCCCCAAGACACUAAUGCCAAAAGAGAUAACAGGAGAGACAGUGGGAGAAGUGAAGGCAGUAGCAGGCAUGCACCAAAGGAAAGCUGAGAUGGCUAAGCACUCUGAUGCUUUUAUCGCUUUACCUGGUGGAUAUGGGACACUUGAAGAGCUUCUUGAAGUAAUCACUUGGGCACAGCUUGGAAUCCAUGAUAAACCAGUGGGACUGUUGAAUGUGGAAGGAUACUACAAUUCACUGUUAUCAUUCAUAGACAAUGCAGUGGAAGAAGGUUUCAUUACACCAACUGCUCGUCAUAUCAUUGUCUCUGCUCCUUCUGCUAAAGACCUUGUCAAGAAACUUGAGGAAUAUGUGCCAAGGCAUGAGAAGGUAGCUUCAAAGAAAAGCUGGGAGAUGGAGCAAAUAGGGCUUAGUCCUACAUGUGAAAUCUCAAGA